AUGUCGAACAUAAUUAAGAGUACCAUCAAGCCGGUUGGUCAACCACGACACGCGCAUUGUCUCAUAUAUUUAACCCAGAACCAAGAACCAAGAACCAAGAACCAAGAACACAACUUCCAGAAAGAAAAAAGGUUUCUAGCAAUGGAUAAAGUAGCACAAUACGAGCGCGUUUUCAAGCAGUUUGAUGGCAACGGAGACGGAAAGAUAUCACCUAUUGAGCUGCAACAGUGUGUCGGGGCGAUAGGCGGCGAGCUCUCGCUGACGGAGGCGGAGGUGGCGGUGGAGUACCUAGACUCGGACGGCGACGGGCUGCUGGGGUUGGAUGACUUUGUCAAGUUCGUCGACGGAGGAUGCGACGAAGAGAAGGUUAGUGUCUUGAAGGAGGCUUUUAAGAUGUACGUGAUGGACGGGAGUGGGUGCAUUACGCCCAAGAGUCUUAAGAGGAUGCUGAGUAGGCUCGGCGAGUCCAAGAGCGUCGACGAGUGCAAGAACAUGAUUGCUAGGUUUGAUCUCAACGGCGAUGGGGUGCUCAAUUUUGAUGAGUUUAAGGUCAUGAUGUUUUGAUGGAUGGUGUAGAUAUGAAGUGUGAUUUUGGUUUGUUUUUGCUACUUCUGUAAUUUUUGUUCAUUCGCUGUUGCUUGGUUUUACGGCUCUAGUGCUGUUUUCAGCAAAUCUAACCUGAGACAGAGAUUGUUACAUUCGUUCAUUUGCUUCUAUACUGCGUAUUUGGAUUAGGCCGGUUCAUCAGAACAUUGUUUCUACUCUUUUGUUACAGAGUUCGAAUCGCCUAUUUAUAUGUACAAAUUAGUUUAGAAUAUUGCAUUUUUGUAUUGAAAAAAUGCUUUUCUACUAAGUCGUCUACUUUUUCUCUCUUUACAAGGGUUGGUGUUACUCCUUGUUCAUGCAGUUUCAAUUGUCUACCUCAUGCUUGACUAAUCGGAAAUUUUGUACUA